CUGCCGGACAAAAGGCGAAUCUGUCUGACGGCGGAUUGAAACCCAAUUAGAAGCAGGGGGGAGACAUUUUGGGAAAACUGUGACAGUCCCCGAGUCUCUGCGCUCCGAGGCGGCAGAUAUAUGAUCAAACUAACAUCUGUGGAGGCUCUCGGACUGGAAUAAGGAUGUUCCAGCAGAGUGAGGAGCCUCGCUUCACCAUCGAACAGAUCGAUCUCCUCCAGAGGCUCCGGCGGACCGGCAUCACUCAGGUGGAAGUCCUCCACGCCCUGGACACACUCGAUCACUUGGACCGACAGAAUGGCCACAAGCAGACCCGCAAAGCUUCCUACCUGCCGCCCUCGUCUUCCUUGUCUUCCUCCAACUCCGUCUCUGCCUCUUCGUCCACCACUUCCGCCUCCACUCAGACGGUUUUUCCGGACAACCGACUCUCCCUGUCACCUGGCAACAACCUGGACACCGCCUCCCCGCCUCUGCCGGUCCCGACAGCCUCGCCGGUUGUUGUCCAGAAUGGACUUGGUGCCGUUGCCAACGGGAAGCUUUCUCCACCGCGGUUUUCUCUGGCGGUGGUCGGAGGCAGCGUGACUGCACCGGGCUUUGGGUUUGAGGCCAGUGAGGAAGACUUGGAUCUGGAUGAUAAAGUGGAGUUCUUGAUGAGGAGGGACAGCAGUGUGAUCAAAGAGGAGAUCAAGUCCUUCCUGGCGAACAGACGGAUCUCCCAGGCCGUGGUUGCUCAGGUAACAGGGAUCAGUCAGAGUCGGAUCUCCCACUGGCUUCUCCAGCAAGGGUCGGACCUCAGCGAGCAGAAGAAACGGGCCUUCUUUCGCUGGUACCAGCUGGAGAAGACAAACCCCGGCGCCACUCUGGCCAUGCGGGCGGCCCCGCUGGCUCUGGAGGACAUGAUGGACUGGCACCAGACCCCCCCACCGUUCGCCUCGGCCCCCGGGGGCUUCCGGCUGAGACGGGGCAGCAGAUUCACCUGGAGGAAGGAGUGUCUGGCUGUCAUGGAGAGCUACUUCAGUGAUAACCAGUAUCCCGACGAAGCAAAGAGGGAGGAGAUUGCUACUGCCUGCAAUGCUGUCAUUCAAAAACCAGGAAAGAAGCUGUCUGAUUUGGAGAGAGUUACAUCUCUUAAGGUCUACAACUGGUUCGCCAACCGCCGUAAAGACAUCAAGAGACGUGCCAACAUAGAAGCAGCCAUCUUAGAGAGCCAUGGCAUCGAGGUCGAAAGUCCAGGAGGCCAGUCCAACGGCGACGAGGUGGACGGCAACGACUUCCCCGACCAGGGCUGCGACGUGUCCCUGUUUGACAAGAGAGCUUCGGCCAGGCAGUUUGCUUUUAGUCGAGCUGACCUGUCCUCUCCCACCCAGGUUCCGCCGCAGCUGCCCAGCUGGUUCUCCGCUCUGGCCCGGGGAGGCCAGCGGGGCGCCUCGCUGAUCGGCCGCUCCCUCCUGUCGGGGGCGGGCUCUCAGGCAGAAGGGUCCAGAAUGACGGGCGCGUCCUGGUCCCCCCCGUCCCCGUCCCUCCAGGACGACCCCGGCCUCCACGUCGUGCUCUCCGAACCGCAGGACACGGUGACGUCGGAGAAGACGGCGGCCGGCCGCGCCAGCCCGGCCUCGGCCAAUCAGGCGGACGCGGGGAAUCAGAUCAAGAUGGAAAGCGUGGAUGACGACUGACGGAGGAGGAAACCGUCAGACGCUGGAGCUGUCAGAACAGGUGUCCAUUAUAUGCAAGCAGAUUUUAUAGGAAUGUUAUAAGUGAACAAAAAGACCAAACGUUGUGUAAAACUCCAACCCUGAGAUACCUCCCAACCCUACCUCCAACCACCAACCUACUCUGCUACACUCGUUUAGCUGUUAAUAGUGUAAUAUGAUGAUAACCACGAACCUUUAUACGUUCGCCGUCUCUGGCCAUCCGCAGGAGAUUCAAACCUGCGUCUCAGAUCAGAUCCUGCAAAGAAAAGUCGUUUUCUCUGAAAACCUCCGGCUCCGACGCUCCCAGGGAAACGGCCCGAAUGGUCCCGGGCCAUUUCUUUGCUGGCUUGUUUUCGAUUGGAGGCGGGUUUAAUUCUUCCCCGGAUGGCCGUCCGGUGGGACAUGAAGCCUCGUGUGCAGGCUUCCGUAGAAGACUGCGUCACUCACAGCAGGGCUACGCUGUAUUUGGCUUGGGAAUCAAAUGCUUUCAGGGGUCUUGCACUGUGAUUUCAACUGAACAGCCUCAGUGUAUAGGAAUAUAAAAAUGAGCUUCAUGUUUUUCUUUUUUUCUUCCUUAUUUUUACUGAAUCUUUUAUGGUGAUCGUCGUCGCAUUUCACGCCAGAUUUCUGGCUGAUGAAUCCGUGUGGGCACAGAACAAGCUUGAGGUUGCAGCAGUUUUUAUGAUAAUAAAAGUAAUUAUUUUCAGAGAGGCAGAAGCAGAAUAAUCCCCCCAACCCCGCAGAGUAAGCUUUAUAUAUAAUAACUAAACUGGCUAUAAAAUAUAGAUACAUUUAAAGAGCAUCUUGGUUGCUGUGUCUUUGCAAUAUAUUCACAACCCUUGAAGCUUUUCAUAUUUUGUCAGAUUACAACCACUAUAUUUAAUGCUGUUUUAUUGGGGUUUUAAUGCACCGAUUUACAAAUUUGUGCCAAUAUUGAUGUCUGAUAUAAAUAAUACUGCUACGGCCGAUAAAUGAUAUUACCCGAUAUAGAAAACUUGCUAAGCUCGGGGCGCUAGGAUAGUCAGCCACAGUCAUCCUGCCAUAUUUUUAUGUUUAUAGUUGACAGAAAAUUUGAAAAUGUAACUUUAUAGUUAUGCGUUAUUGGAAGACUGACCUUACACCAACUGUAAGGUCUUUAAAAAAAGGCAAUCAUUAAAAAAAAAACUCUCAACUAAAUUAGCAAUGCUCAGCCUGGUGGCCCGCCAGGCUGAGGGAAACCCUGUAUUUUAUGACGUCGCUCUGAGCCCAGAGCAUAGAAUUGGACUGAAUUGGUCUACCCUGACGGAUGAGGCACAUCGUCACAGAUAUCCUUUAUUUUAUUUUAUUUAAUUUAUUUUUUUUCCCCAAUAUCAGAACAGGGUAGUGGCAGCGUCAUGCUCUGGAUAUUUUUUUAUUUCCUCCAGGAACAGGGAAGUCUUUUAACCAAAUCAAUUUUAUAGUGAACCUCAACAUAGGAAAAUACUUCUACGACUUUUCACCAGUGUUGAGUUAAAAGCUUUUUAUGUCUAAAACUUUUUCCACAGUUCCCACAUGAAAACGGCUUUUCACCGGUGUGAAUCAUCAUGUGUUUAGCUAAAUUCUGUUUCUGAGUAAAACUUUUUCCACAGUUCCACUACAAUUUGUUGGUGUAUCACAUAGAAUACGCCAUAAAUAUCCUGCCAUUUGUGGCUGCAACCAACACAACGUGAAAGAAAAGAAUCACGGGGUGUGAAUACUUUUGCAAGGCCACGCAUAAAAUGUAACGCUAAAUAUAGUUUAAACAUUUUCUCACUGACUUUAAAAUAUCUAAGAAAAAGACAAAAGAAAAACCGCUUUCAUAUUUUAGAGUCUAACUUCAGAUACUUUGAUUGUUUUUUUGUUUUAUUUUCUUCAGCUGAUCUGAGACUUUAUUUGUUUUAAUGCACUGCUUCCACAAGCCCAUCAGAAACUAAAUAGGAAUUUAAGCUGCAUUAAAAACAGCUGCUCAGAGUAUUUUAAGGCUAUAAAUUUAAGCGAUAUUUAUGAACGUGAUAUUCAGUAGAUACAAAAAAAAGAAAAAAAAACCCUCAGUAUUCACUUCUUAGAUUUUAUUGCGACCCGAAGAAAGCCAAAACUACAAACGUUUGUAUAUAAUAUAGCCAUGUAAAGCGACUUUUGAAGUUCGAUCGGUUAUUAUUUAUUGGUUUUGUAUCCGAGAAUGAUUGAUCACUGUGAGAUCUGCCUUCCGACGUAGGACGGAUGGAUUCAGCCCGUUUUAGAAACUACACACGGAACGCGAGC